AAAUCCGGCUGCGCUGAUUCACCUUAGGUAACAAACAGGAAGAAGGCUGUUACUUCGAUUCAUUUGACGCUCGUCUAUAUCUGGCGAAGUCGCACUGCACUUGUUUAAUGUUGAAAGAACAAAUUGCUUUAACCAACUACUUUUCUCGGAGACUUCACGACUCGGACUAUCAGAAGAUGCAGUGUCUCAGAAGUUGUCCACACCCGCCUUCUAAGGAGCAGCCGCACAGGAAAUAAGCCAUCUGCAAAGGGCAGGUCCUUAUGAUUAAGGUUGUGUGUGGUGUCCCAUGCCAUGCCUCCUGCCAUGACAGACCUCCUGGACAUAUGGGUGGCCCACUCACCAAUGCUGGGACACACCCCAGACCAGAUUACAGUAGACUUUCUGCUGCCUACAGGUAUUUACAUUCAGAUGGAUGUUCCACGAGAGGCCACGAUUCAGCACAUCAAACUGCUCCUAUGGAAGCAGGCACAGACACUGCCACUCUUCACCGCACUGGGGGAGAUGGAGAGUCACAUGUUUGAGUGUGUCAACCAGGCUGCUGUACAUGAAGAGCUGGAGGAUGAAACCCGCCGACUCUGUGAUGUUCGCCCUUUCCUGCCAGUCCUCAAGCUAAUAACGCGCAACUGUGGCCGAGCAGAGCGUUUGCUGGACUCCAAAAUUGGUGUUCUCAUUGGAAAGGGCCUUCAUGAACUGGAUGCCAUCAAUGACCAGGAGGUGAAGGACUUUCGUAAUAAAAUAGUUCGUCUCAGUGAAGAAAGGAUGCAAAGAGUCUGUUUGAUGACAUGUACUGAGUGGCUGCAGGCCUGCUUCUCACCACAGUUGGACCCUGGUUCUACAACGGCCGUAACUGAUGAAGUCAGUGAGCAGUCUGACCUGAAAGUCAUCAUCCACUUUGAACAGUCUCAGGACUCAACCAUUCUGAAGGUGCCAUCAUCAUGCACUACCACAGAGCUAAUGGACUUGGCCAUCAAAAAGUGGCUGACCACCCACAGCCCAGAGGAGGAGGCUUCCAGGAGUGAAUAUGUGCUGAGACUUAGUCAGUGUCUGGAGUUCCUCUGUGGAAACCACCCACUGAGUCAAUACAAGUAUAUUCGCACAUGCAUGCAGGCCAAGGAGUCUCCCAGCCUCACCAUGGUCCACAUGAGCACCAUCAAAGCUAUGUUUGAUAAGGAAAUUAAAACCAUUGGAGCAGUUGUUAACCACAAGUCUUUAAACCCACUACCUUUACCAUUACCACCUAAAAGAAGAGCUCCCACGCAGGUGCAGAUGUGUGUGUGGGAUUUGACCAGUACCUUUAGGAUAGUCCUUGUGAGUGCCAAUAAGGUGAAUGCAGACGAAACUGCAAAGGUCCAAGUCAGGGCCGGGCUCUUCCACGGCACAGAACUGUUGUGCAAGCCGGUGGUGAGCAGUGAGAGCAGCCAGCGCUCGGAUCACACUUGGAGGGAAAGCACACUGGAAUUUGAGAUCUCUGUUUGUGAUCUACCACGUAUGACCCGCCUCUGCUUUGCCAUAUAUGCCGUCAUGGAUAAGGUGAAGAAGCAGAAGUCGACCAAAAACCCACACCUGUAUAAGUACCAGACCAUUCGCAAAGCAGGGAAAGUGCACUUCCCUAUAGCUUGGGUGAACACCAUGGUGUUUGACUACAAAGGCCAUUUAAAGACGGGAGACAUCAACCUCCACUGCUGGUCUUCCUUUCCUGAUGAACUUGAAGAGAUGCUGAACCCCAUAGGAACCGUUCAGACCAACCCGUACACUGAGAACGCCACGGCUCUGUGCAUUCACUUUCCAGAGUAUUCCUCACACCCUGUUGUCUUCCCUCCCUUUGACAAAAUACUGGAAAAAGCUGCAGAGAUUGUAGGAGCAAGUGACUGUUCACCAAUGGGUCGUGGUGGAAAGAAGUUCUACAUCGAACUGAAGGAGAUCAUGGAGCGUGACCCUCUGUCUCAGCUAUGUGAGAACGAGAAGGAUUUGAUAUGGACACUACGCUGUGACUGUCGAGAGAAUUUCCCACAGUCGCUGCCUAAGUUGCUGCUCUCUGUCAAGUGGAGCAAACAUGAGGACAUGGCCCAGCUCCAAGCCCUUCUACAGAUUUGGCCCAAACUGAGUCCCAGAGAUGCUCUGGAGCUCCUGGACUUUAACUACCCAGACCAGUAUGUUAGAGAAUAUGCUGUGGGCUGUUUGCAUGAUAUGAGUGAUGAUGAGCUGUCCCAGUACCUGCUACAGUUAGUGCAGGUGUUGCGGUAUGAACCAUAUUAUGAUUGUGCCCUCACCCAUUUCCUGCUGCGGCGUGCCCACGGAAACCGCAAAAUUGGACACUUUCUCUUCUGGCACUUACGGUCAGAGAUCCACAUGCCAGCGGUUUCGGUCCAGUUUGCACUAAUCCUCGAGGCCUACUGCAGGGGCAGCGUUCCUCAUAUUGAAGUUCUAAAGAAACAGGUGGAUGCUCUGAGUAAACUAAAGUCUGUCAAUGAGCUAAUAAAGCACGGCAACACCAAAAAUGCCCGGAGUAAGACCAAGGAAGCCAUGUUGACAAAAGAAGCCAUGAUGGCCUGCCUGAAACAAAGUGGUUAUUCAGAGACGCUGUCUGACCUGUGCUCUCCUCUUAACCCCAGCGUCAUGCUGUCUGGCAUCAAUGUAGAGAAGUGUCGGUACAUGGACUCUAAGAUGAAGCCCCUGUGGAUUGUUUACAACAACAAGCUGUUGAUGGGAGACACUUUGGGAAUCAUCUUCAAGAACGGUGAUGACCUGAGACAAGACAUGUUAACGCUACAGAUUCUGAGGUUGAUGGAUCUGCUGUGGAAGGAGUCUAAGUUGGACUUCAGAAUCGUGCCAUACGGUUGUCUUGCAACUGGCGACAAAGCAGGGCUGAUUGAGGUCGUUUCAUCGGCGGACACCAUUGCCAACAUCCAGUUGACAAGCAGUAACAUGGCGGCAGCUGCUGCCUUCAACAAGGACGCUUUGCUAAACUGGCUGAAAGAGAGGAACUCUGGUGAUGCUCUUGAGCGUGCCAUCGAGGAGUUCACUCUGUCCUGUGCAGGCUACUGUGUGGCCACCUACGUGCUGGGCAUCGGAGACCGCCACAGUGACAACAUCAUGGUCCGCAGCACUGGACAGCUCUUUCACAUUGACUUCGGUCACAUCCUGGGCAACUUCAAGUCUAAGUUUGGCAUCAAGAGGGAGCGUGUACCUUUCAUACUUACACACGACUUCAUUCACGUCAUUCAGCAGGGCAAGACAGGGAACACAGAGAAGUUCGGCUGCUUUCGUCGGUAUUGUGAGGAGGCCUAUUUAAUCCUGAGAAAUCAUGGGAAUCUCUUCAUCACUCUUUUUGCCCUCAUGUUGACAGCUGGGCUGCCUGAACUCACCUCAGUCAAGGACAUCCAGUACCUGAAGGAUUCCUUAGCUCUUGGUAAAACAGAUGAUGAGGCCUUGAAGCAGUUUCGGCAGAAGUUUGACGAGGCCCUGAGAGAGAGCUGGACUACCAAAGUUAACUGGAUGGCCCACAAUGUAGCCAAAGACAACCGGUCGUAAAACACUGAACUUCUGGUCUGGCCCAAGUACAGAAAUCCAUGGGAUACAGAGACGCAGUCCGUGAAGCGGGAGAUGAAAGGUGAGCAUGGGCUGCUGCCACCUCUAUUCAAAGAAGGGAACCUGGCAGCACAUCCCACUCAUGAGCAAUCAACCCAGUGACCGUGGAGCCUGACUUACUCUAUGAGUACCUUUACCAUUUACUUUGCACCACACUGGCAAGCAGCGCCACUGGAGAAGUCCAACACUGAUGGUCUCGUGACAUUUUUGUGAAACCAUGGUGAGUAAUGUCAUUGCAAAUUUUGCACAGGCUUAUGCGUGACUAGAGCAGGGCUAAAGUAAAGUAAAGUAAUGCAGAGCAGCCACGGCGUCUCUGCAGGAGCUAAUAAAGUACACAUCACGUACGAGUGGUGCCGACAUUAAACUCUAUCUGCACUGGCACAUGGUUUGUUUGAUAACCUGAACUGUUGCUGCUGCAGCGCUAUUAACAGAUGGGUGCAAGUGCAGGGAACAAUGCAAGUAACAACAAAUACUCUAUGUUAUAAAAGUAGAAUGGAACGUUAACCCAGACAACGUGUAACAUGGAUGUCUCGCUGCCUCAAAGUGUGCCUUACUGCUGUAAGAAGAUUGUAAUUGUUGUGUUUCAUUUGCCCUUAUUGAAUGUACCAUUAGCCUUCCUCAUGCCAGACUACUCUCCACUGGACCAAACGGUUUACAAAUGUGGGAUCUUUCUUUUAGAAAUAUUUGUCAAACAACAAUAUAAAUCGGUAAGCAAUAUUUCUUUUUCAAGACAAACAAACCUUCAUUGAAUUGAAGUGUUGGGUCAUUACCAACAACAUGUCGUCAUCCCCAAAAUAAUACACCCUCAGGUGUCACUAGAAUGAAAGCCAGAAGUGUGUCAUCCUGUUGAAGUGUUUGAUCGAUAUUUUCACUGAGAAAUAGAUAUUGUGUUGAACACAUCAGGACCAAAAUAGAAAUGAAAUCAACUUGGUCUCCUUUUCUAAGCUGACAGGUGUGAACGGCUGGUCGUUCUCCAAGAAAGGAUGUCACACUGUAAGCUAUAAACUACAAUUUCACUUACACUUUCCAAAUUCAUAGAUGAAAGACUUCCAGUUUUAUGUUACACAUAGUUUAGAAACAGCAGACCUUGUGUGGUUGCAUCACUUCUGGUCCAUCGACACCAUGAACGUGUACCGUAUCCAACAAUGUUCAAACUAUUGGACAGAUUGACAGAUAUCUGCAGUGAUGAGGGAAAAACGGACGAACAAGUUUAAAGCGUUGUGUCUGGAGAGAAGGAGGCAAAAGGUGACUUUUUUUUUUUUAAAUGACAAAUAAGGACAGACCUGGAAUCACACUGUGCACAUGGUUUUUAUGAAAUCUACGUAUUCCACAUAGAUGACUCGUAUGGAGAAGAUAUAAAUGUGUAUACGUAUCUGCUGAGGGGUUCCCGCUUCUUUGGAAUGGGUCACACAUAAGCACAAAAAUAAUAAAGAUGAGAUUUUACACUAGAUGAGUUAAUGCUGUUCAUUAACCGGAGAAGCGAUACCUGAAAUGUGCUCAAGAAAUUUGUACUGCAUUGAGCUGCGUUGCGGUUUUACCCUUAAUUUCAUUUUCAAUUAUUCGUGAACUGUUUGUCAAAAUCUUGAAUCUUUUUAAAGUGUACUUUUUGUCCAUUUUUGCCAUACAAAUGGCUUGAGCUGACUAACAGGUGUUGACCACUGUGUAGAUGUCUUAAUCGACUACUGAGUUCAUUUUUGUAAUGUAAGACAUUGCCUUAAAUAUUGCUCCUGUACAUUGCUGAAAAGCCUUUGGUGUUCCCACAUUAAUGACAGUAUCCAUGUCCAUCACGUUGUAGCUAUUUAUGUCCCUUUUAAUUGGUAACAAUCUGAUUAUUCUUUACAUCAUGUCAGAUGUGGAGUAGUCUUCAACAACUGACACCUGCACUUGGAUGACCACACCCUGAGGUCCAGCUCACUGCACGACUUCUUGUGUGUUUUUUAUGCAGUGGCAGUCGUUUCAUAAAGGUUCAAGUGAAUUACCAAAAUAAGAGUUUGUUUUUAUUGCGUUUUUAGAAUGUGUAUCAACUUUACCUCAUGCGGGGUCCUGAACAUACAAUGUUUUAUUUUGGUGCAAUAUUGGAGUAUAUAAACCUUAUCUUAUUAUGAUAAUAAAUGUCCAAUGCCUGAGCCUAAA